GCCAGCUGUGAGGGGAGCAGAGGAAAACAGCUAGAGUACUAAAGGGACAAAGAACCGCUGCUUCACAUCUCAUACUCUCCAACAGGUUGGAAACCUCAAAGUCAGCGUCUUGGAAAGCGUCUACUUCUUGUUCUUCGUCUGUCAAAAUCACUUUCUUUUCCUUCCUUGUCCUGCAUAAUGCUGCGCCCAGUUGCCAUCCACUGUCUCUUGUCCACCUUGCUGUGCAUGUGGGCGCUGUGUAACGGCCAGUCACCCUCUAGCCCCCCUGUAAUCCAGCUACGUCUAGCCGGGGAGAAGCGGAAACACUACGAAGGCCGGGUGGAAGUUUUCUACAAUGGAGAGUGGGGGACGGUGUGCGAUGAUGACUUCUCCAUCACUGCUGCCCAAGUGGUGUGCAGAGAGCUCGGCUUCAUGAAUGCCGAGUCCUGGUCACCCUCUGCCAAGUACGGAAGUGGAGAAGGCCGUAUCUGGUUAGACAAUCUGCACUGCACUGGUGGAGAGAAGACCCUGGCUCAGUGUCACUCCAAUGGCUUUGGAGUGUCGGACUGCAAACAUUCAGAAGAUGUCGGAGUGGUGUGCACCCAAAAGCGCAUUCCAGGCUUCAAGUUCAUCCAGAACCAGGCCAACAACGAUGAGGGUUUAACGGUGCAGGUGGAGGAUGUGAGGCUUAGGGCCACUUACUCUCAGAGGAAAAGGAUUCCCAUCACUGAGGGCUUUUUGGAGGUGAAAGACGGAGGAAAAUGGCGACAGAUCUGCAAUGAGGAGUGGACAGAGAAGAACAGCAGGGUCAUCUGUGGCAUGUACGGCUUCCCCGGAGAGAAACGCUUCAAUCCCCGACCCUACAAAUUGCUGGCCACGCGUCGUAAGAAGAACUUCUGGGGUUUCUCGGUCAACUGCACAGGCAACGAGGCUGACCUGUCCGAUUGUAAGAUGGGUGGAGAGAUAAAGCAGAAGGGCAACAGCACCUGUGAGCAGGGCAUGCCUGUAGUGGUCAGCUGUGUGCCUGGACGUGCCUUUGCUCCCAGCGUCAGCGCCGGCUACAGGAAGGCCUACAGGUUGGAGCAACCCCUGGUGCGUCUUAGAGGCGGAGCUAUGAUUGGUGAGGGGCGAGUGGAGGUGUUGAAGAACGGGGAGUGGGGGACAGUGUGCGACGACAACUGGAACAUUCGAGCUGCCACUGUGGUGUGUCGAGAGCUGGGGUUCGGUAGCGCCAAAGAGGCCUUGACUGGCGCCCGACUGGGACAAGGGAUUGGGCCGGUCCACAUGAACGAGGUGGAGUGCUCUGGGUUUGAAAAGUCACUGACUGAGUGCUACUUCAACCGUGAUGCUGUGGGCUGCAGCCAUGAGGAAGACGCAGCAGUCAGGUGUAACGUUCCUGCCAUGGGCUUCAACAAAAGACUCCGGUUAAAUGGCGGCCGUAAUCCUUAUGAGGGCCGUGUGGAGGUUCUGGCAGAGAAGAACGGCUCUAUGGUGUGGGGCACAGUGUGCAGCGACAGCUGGGGGACCAUGGAGGCCAUGGUAGUGUGCAGACAGCUGGGCUUGGGCUUUGCCAGCCAUGCUUUCCAGGAAACAUGGUACUGGCAAGGAGAUGCCUCGGCUGAUGCUGUUGUGAUGAGUGGAGUGAGAUGUUCAGGAACUGAGCUAACUCUGGAUCAGUGUCUACAUCACGGGAAACACAUUCUCUGUCCCAAAGGUGGUGGACGCUUCGCUGCGGGGGUCUCCUGUACUCAGACGGCCCCAGACUUGGUCCUCAGUGCCCAGGCUGUGGAGCAGACCACCUACCUGGAGGACAGACCCAUGUACGCUCUGCAGUGUGCCCAUGAGGAACACUGUCUGUCCAGUACUGCCGACAAAGCCGACCCCAGCUCCUACCGGCGCCUUCUCCGCUUCUCUUCCCAGAUCCACAACAAUGGCCAGUCAGACUUCAGGCCGCGGGCCGCACACCACUCCUGGAUUUGGCACGAGUGUCACAGACAUUACCACAGCAUGGAGGUUUUCACCCACUAUGACUUGCUGACUCUAAAUGGCACUAAAGUGGCAGAUGGACACAAAGCCAGCUUCUGUCUGGAGGACACUCACUGUGACGAGGGUAUCCAGAAGAGGUAUGCAUGUGCAAACUUUGGGGCACAAGGCAUCACAGUUGGCUGCUGGGAUACCUACAGGCACGACAUUGACUGUCAGUGGAUUGACAUCACAGAUUUGAAGCCUGGCGACUACAUCUUCCAGGUUGUGAUAAACCCCAACUAUGAGGUUGCAGAAUCAGAUUACACCAACAACAUUAUGAGGUGCCGCUCCCGGUAUGAUGGACAGCGAAUAUGGACAUACAACUGUUAUAUAGGUGGCUCACGGAGUACAGAAACAGAGGAAAUGUUCCCUGGACUGCUGACCAACCAGCUUUCACACAGGUAGACCAAAGAUGGACAUCACAGACGGAUGGACAUUAGGGAAGCGUAUAUUGAUAUUUGACAACCACUAGAGGGAGCUGUACUGUUUUGGUUUCCUUGGAGCCGUGCUAGAUUGUUGUUGGGUUCAGCUGUACAAAAGUGUCCUUAUCGCUUAGUUUCUUAGUGCCUUUAUUGUCAGUAAAAUGUCAUUUUUGACCUGGUGCUUACUGGGAGAGACUUCAGGGAGGGUUGCAGCCAAAUAACUUAUUAAAUUAACUGUGCCAAAGAUUUCAAGAGUUUGGGAAAAGCCUCAAAACAAGGCUGCGGUCGAAUAGUAAAAAUAAAUGACCUCCGUCUUUUCCUAACUACUUUUCCUUGACCUUGAUAUAAAAUGUCACACGGUCAAGCAAAGAUGUGAAUGACCGUUCAUGAAAGACAACUGCGGUGCUCCGAGAAUCCAACAGUACACUAGGCUACGUAAUCAUGCGACGGUGGAUGUUUUGACGUGGGUCGGCUGUGGUGAAAUUGCAACGUUCCAAAGAUGGACUACUUAUAGCGCAUCUAAGAAACUACUUGUUUUAUGCAGGCUCUAUAAAUGUGGAAAACCCAGUGAAAAAUACUACUUCAUUACCAAGGUUGGAAUUGAAAAAAAAAAAAAAAAAAA